ACUUCCUCUUCCGGCUCAUCCAUGGGAGGAUGGUGGAACAAGCAGUGGCUCUCGCUUUUUCAAGGGUCGAAGCAGCAGCUGGAAAGACAAAGAGGAUGCCAAGAAGACAUUCUGGAUAAGUAAAAAUCACAAGAGGAAUUAAAGAAGAAAGUGAAUGCAGUCAGCAAUCAAAAUCUUCCAGUUUCCUGCAGAAAACAACAAAACUCUCCUUCCCUGUCAAGUAACAGACAGAAGAGAAUAACAGGAACUGGGUUUUGAGCUGGGAAAAAAUUGAGACUCUGGAACUCAUAUCCAAAUUCAGAAAAAAGAUGGAAAUACCUGGAAGUGAGUGGGGAGAACCCUGUGACUUGGAUAAUUAUGUAGGGCAGGCAGUCGUGCGAGCCUUGCCCUGUGAAGAAAUAAAGAAUAGCUUGAAUGAAAGUGCCAGGCAAGACGGGAUCCAAAAUAUUUUUGACCUCCAGAAUCCAUUGGUGGAAACACCCCACCAAUGUGGGAAAAGCACAGAUUGUGGAUCACAGCUGAUUAUGCAUGAGAGUUUCCAUACUGGAGAAAAACCGAAUGAAUGUUCCGGAUGUGAGAAGGUUUUUUGCUACAGCUCCUUCCCUUUUGAAAAUAAAAGGACUUACACCGGAGAGAAUCCAUACCAAAGCUUCCAGUAUGGAGAUUUUAGCAAACACGCUCCUCUAGUCUUACACCAAAGGACUCCUACAGGUGAGAAACCAUACGAGUGUCCGAACUGUGGAAAAGCUUUCAGUCAGAAUUCCCACCUUGUAAACCAUCAGAGGACACAUACAGGGGAGAAACCGUAUGAGUGUCCAGAUUGUGGGAAAGGUUUCAGUCAGAAUUCCAAUCUCUUGAUGCACCAGAGGACUCAUACAGGGGAGAAGCCAUAUGAAUGUUCAGAUUGUGGGAAGUGUUUCCGUCUUAAUUCCCAUCUGGUGGUACACAAAAGAUCUCACACAGGUGAGAAACCAUAUGAGUGCUUGGAUUGUGGGAAAGGUUUCACUCAUAGUUCCCACCUUGUGAUACACAGGAGAACUCACACAGGAGAGAAACCUUAUGAGUGUCCAGAUUGUGGGAAAGGUUUCCGUGUUAAUUCCCAUCUGGUGGCACACCAAAGAAUUCACACAGGGGAGAAACCAUAUCAGUGUCUGGAUUGUGGGAAAAGUUUCAGUCAGAAUUCCCAACUGGUGGUGCACCAGAGGACACACACAGGAGAGAAACUGUAUGAAUGUCCAGAGUGUGGAAAAAGUUGCACUCACAAUUCCGACCUCAUGGUACACCUGAGGACACACACAGGAGAGAAACCAUAUGAGUGUCCAUAUUGUAGGAAACGUUUCAGUCACAAUUCCAACCUGGUGGUACACCAAAGGAUACACACUGGAGAGAAGCCAUAUGAGUGUCCGUACUGUGGGAAAAGUUUCAGUCGGAAUUCUUACCUGGUGAUACACCAGAGGACUCACACUGGGGAGAAACCAUAUCAGUGUUUGGAUUGUGGGAAAAGUUUCAGUCACAGUUCUGAACUGGUGAGACACCAGAGGAUACAUACAGGAGAGAAACCGUAUGAGUGUUCAGACUGUGGGAAAAGUUUCAGUCAGAAUUCCAGCCUGGUGAUACACAAGAGGACUCACACUGGGGAGAAACCAUAUGAGUGUUCGGAUUGUGGGAAAACGUUUAGUCAGAACUGCUACCUAAUUAUACAUGAGAGGACGCACACAGGGGAGAAACCAUAUGAGUGUCUCUAUUGUGGGAAAAGUUUCAUUCGGAAUUAUGCCUUGGUGAUACACCAGAGGACUCACACUGGGGAGAAACCAUAUGAGUGCUCAGAUUGUGGGAAAAGUUUCCGUCUGAGUUCCCACCUAGUGGUGCACCAGAGGAUUCACACUGGGAAGAAACCAUAUGAGUGUCAGGAUUGUGGGGAAAGUUUCAGUCAGAAUUGUCUCCUGGUAUACCAUCAGAGAGCACACACAGGAGAAAAACCGUAUGAAUGUCCAGAUUGUGGGAAAGGUUUCAGUAAUAAUUCUCACCUGGUGGUGCACCAGCGGAUUCACACAGGGGAGAAACCAUACGAGUGUCUGGAUUGUGGGAAAAGUUUCAGUCGGAAUUCUCACCUGGUGGUGCAUCAGAGGACUCACACAGGGGAGAAACCAUAUGAGUGUCCAGAUUGUGGAAAAGGUUUUAGUACUAGAUCUAAACUUGACACACCCCUACUGAUUCACCAGAAGACACACACAGGUGGAAAACCAUAUGAGUGUAUGGAUUGUGGGAAACAUUUUACUUACAAUUCCCACCUGGUGAAACAUCAGAGGACUCACACGGGGGAGAAACCUUAUGAGUGUCCAGAUUGCAGGAAACGGUUCCGUACUAAUUCACACCUGGUGGCCCACAAGAGGACUCACACAGGGGAGAAACCACACCAGUGUAUGGAAUGUGGGAAAAGUUUCAGUCGGAAUUCCCAACUAGUUAUUCACCAGAGGACACACACAGGAGAGAAUCUAUAUGAAUGUUUGGACUGUGGGAAAAGUUUCAGUCAGAAUUCCCAUUUGGUGGUACACCAGAGGACACACACAGGGGAGAAACCGUAUGAAUGUCCAUAUUGUGGGAAACGUUUCAGUUACAGUUCCAAUCUGGCAGCACACCAAAGAAUUCACACUGGGGAGAAAUCAAAUGAGUGUCCGGAUUGUGGGAAAAGUUUCAGUCGGAAUUCCUACCUGGUGAUACACCACAGGACUCACACUGGGGAGAAACCGUAUGAAUGUCCUGAUUGUGGGAAAAGUUUCAUUCACAGUUCUGAACUGGUGAGACACCAGAGGACGCACACAGGAGAAAAACCAUAUGAAUGUCCAGACUGCGGGAAAACUUUCAGUCAGAGUUCCAGCUUGGUGUCACACAGGAGGACUCACACUGGGGAGAAACCGUAUGAGUGUCCAGAUUGUGGGAAAACUUUCAGUCAGAGUUGUUACCUGGUUAUACAUGAGCGAACUCACACAGGGGAGAAACCAUAUGAGUGUCUAUAUUGUGGGAAAAGUUUCAUUCGGAAUUACUCCUUAGUGAUACACCAAAGGACUCACACAGGGGAGAAACCGUACAAAUGCAUGGAUUGUGGGAAAAGUUUCCGUCUUAAUUCCCACCUGGUAGUCCAUCAGAGGACUCACUCGGAGAAGAAACCUUACGAGUGCCAGGAUUGUGGAGAAAGUUUCAGUCAGAAUUGCCUUUUGGUGUACCACCAGAGGCGACACACAGGAGAGAAACCAUAUGAGUGUCCAGAUUGUGGGAAAAGUUUCAGUAACAACUCCCACCUGGUGGUGCACCAGAGUAUUCACACAGGUGAGAAGCCGUAUGAGUGCCAGGAAUGUGGGAAAACGUUUAGUCGUAAUUCUCACCUGCUGAUACAUCAGAGGUCUCACACAGGGGAGAAACCAUACGAGUGUCAGGAGUGUGGGAAAACUUUCAGUCGUAAUUCCCACUUGGUGAUACACCAAAGAACUCACACAGGAGAGAAACCAUAUGAGUGUCCUGAUUGUGGGAAAGGUUUCACUACUAAGUCCAAACUUGUAGUUCAUGUAGCUUUACACAUUGGGGAGAAACCAUUCAAAUGCCCAGAAUGCGGACGUAGCUUCACACAAAAUUCCUCUCUUACUGCACACAAGAAAAUCCACACGAGGCAGAAAGUAAUGAGUCUGGAAAAGUCUUGACUUUCAUUUCUGAUCUGUCAUUAGAAGUGCAGGAGAUGUAGGGAGGCCUAAUGGAAGCAUCAGCCCACCUGCCUCAGGCCUUCUCCAGUGGCCCAGCUGUCCUGCCAGCGAGAAUCAGUGGGGAAGGAAUCUGUCUCUGCAUAUUCUAAUUCUGCCUCUGCCCUUCUUUCUCCGAAGAUGCCCUGCAUUUAUAGGACAAAAGAAGGACCAGUUCCUCAGCUUUUGGAGGCUUUUUUCCAUUAAUCAGCUGUCUGACCAUUAGCUGUCCAUGGGGAUGCUGUGAAGCUCCUCUGUCUCUCUAGGCUUUGGGAAGAGGGCCCUUGCUGAAAGGGCAGCUUCAGGACAAGCUUCCCAAACCUUUCCCUUCCUUAACACCCUCUCCUUUCUCUCCCGAAAAAAAAAAUCUGGGAAGGAUGGGCUUGUUGAUCUUCCUUCACCCUGCCUCAAUUAGGUGCUAAAACUAAAUUCUCCCUCUGCCCUCUAACCAAUAUCCUUUAAAAAAAAAACCUUACUUUGACUCCAGGCUGAAGAGUGGAAGAAUGAAGCCAGCGAAGAGACUUUUUACUUCCAGUGAAAAGAUGACUAACAGAAUACAUACCCUGAAAGGUUUUUUUCCCUGGGCUGUAACUGAAAGACUGGCAUUCCUUCAGUUUGUAUGAUGCACCUGGAUUAGGGAGAGUCUAAGAAUUACUCCAAAGAGAAAAUAUUUCUGCAGCCUUUUCCCCCUGAGGUUAAAAAAAAAACAAAAAACCACAGCAAAUCUCUAAAAGUUGUGCCAGAAAAUAGAGGAUGCUGUGUCUUUGCAAGCUUAAAUUAACUGUCAGACUGCCUGUAAAGCCCAGCUAGGGCUUAAAAGACUAGAUUGCUGCAGUCAAAAUUGUGACUUUCUGAGGGAUGGAGGACAUUAAGGAAAGGGAAGGUUUGGGAAGUUUGUCCUGAAGCUGCAUUUUGUGGCCAUAAAUUAGUUUAAUAAGCAUCCAGCUUGUCAUACAAACGUAUGGGCAGUGAUAGAUUUAAUCUGCCACUCUUAACGUUCCCUAAACCCAUCUCAUGUUUCUAGUCCUCCUUUUAGAUUCCAUUUAAGCUUCUGUAUUUAUAUAUGCCUUCUCUUUUAUACCUUUUAAUUUUCUAUAAUAAUAGUUAUUUUAGCAAUUAUUAAGAUUAUUUCCUUUUUAAUUAAAUGUACCAUACAAUCCUUAUGCUGGCCUUUCAGCAUAAUAAAAGAUUUCAUUUGAUUUCA